AUGAAGUUUGUGUUUGAACGUUUCAGUCACAUUCAUUCAGCCGUCCAGCCAUCCUCCUCCUCUCAACCUGAAACAGAGAAGAUUGAACAGGAAGGUCGGGUCGGGAUGGAGCUGAAGGUCUGGGUGGACGGGGUCGUCAGGGUCGUCUGCGGCCUUUCUCUCAACACUUCCUGUCAGGAAGUCGUCAUCUCUCUGGCUCAGGCCAUCGGUCAGACGGGUCGAUAUGUUCUGGUCAGGAAGUUUCGGGGCUCGGAGCGCCCUCUGGUGGCUGACGACUGUCCCAUGCAGCUGCUGGCUCAGAUGGGUCAGCUGGCUGCAGAGGUCCAGUUCGUCCUGCGGAAAACGGGCCCCAGCCUCAGCGAAGGGCCACAUGAACCCAGCAAGGAAAGCCAGCGCCCCCUGCUGGUGCCCUCAGAACCAGAACCUCAUCAUAAGGGCCCCCAGAAAGCCCUCUCCUUCAACCUGGGCCCCUCAACGUUUCCCAGGAGGAACAGACCCAGCAGGAACUGGUCUCCCAGUCUGGAGGAAUCAGCAGAAGAGAAUCAUCUGUCUGAUUCUGAGAAGGAGGAGAUGCUGAGGCAGGUCCUGCAGCAGCAGGAGAUGCUGCAGGACCUGGAGGCUCAGAUCGAAGCUCUGGAGAAAGACACAGAGUUAUUCGAGCAGAAGGUCACGACCUCUGCUGCUCCAGAUCCGAUUCCGGACCUGACAGACGACCUGCAGGAGCUGGAGUACCGGCUGAAGCAGUACGAGGUGGAGCUGAUGUACGGAGAAAACUGGGAGGAGGAGCUGAAGGUGGAGCUGGAGCGAGAGCAAGACAUGCAGAGACGCCUGGAACAGAUUCACUCGUCUAUAGACGACCAGAGUUACGAGAUCAAGGUGCUCCAGAGCCGCUCCGAACACCUGCAGCAGGACCUACAGGACCGGGCCCAGACAAGCGACCCGAGCGCCGAGGAGGAGGAGGCCCGGCUGACCGACGAGGCCCUCAGGUCGCUGACCCAGGAGCUGCACAAGCGGCUGCAGCUGGGGGAAGAUCUGGACGCGGCGCUGGCAGAGACGCAGUGGAAGCUGCAGACGGCAGAAGAAACGGUAAAGGACAGACUGCAGCUGAUCGAUGGGCUGAAGAAGGAGCUGAGGCAGAGCGACCUGCAGCAGUUCAUCCAGCAGGCCGGUGGGAACCCGUACGCCGACCAGGCGGGCCCGCUGCCUGGCACCGAAGUUCACCUCAGCAAGACUCGCAUCAGGAAGUAGCAGCAGCCGGAGCAUCAAUAGGAACCAGAAGGAGAAACCUUGAAGUCCCGUUAAUGUGUGUAUGAGUGUAUGCGUGCGUGUGCGUGCGUGUGUGUGUGUGCGUGUGUGUGUGUGUGUGUGUGUGAAUGUUGUGUUUGUUGUAAAAACACAUGAAAAUAAAUUAACUAGACUAUUUCUAUAAGAGUGUACAGUUGUUUAGCCUGAAAUGUCAUUUUUUAUAUGUAAAAAUAAAGUUUUUUAUUCCAUCUCUGAAAUAAAUUCUCAGCAGUUCAUCUUUGAACCACUAGAGGCCGCCAAAGCUUCAUCCUUUUAUUGCAACAUGAGGCUUUUAUUAAGCUUACACACUGAUUCAUGCUAACUAUAUGUUUUUAUAUUAAACAGAAAUGGAUCAAAAGUAUAUAGUAUAUAUUAAACAGAAGAAAAGUAUAUAAAACUUUUUGCUACUUUAUACUCAUCCAAGCUGCAGUGAUGAUGGUUCAGGUAUUUAAAGGUUUUGUUUUAUCUCAGUCAUAACUUACAGCUGCAUCUCAGCAGUUCUGAUCAGGGGCUGGAAUAAUUUUAGGAUCAUAAUGAAAACAGUUUUUUUUUUUUCAAUUCAGAUGAAAUCAUAAUCCCAUCCUCUUAAACAGCCUUAACUUUUUUUUAGCUGUUCUCAGGUGAUUUUUUUUUUAAUUGAACAUUUUUGAAUUUUGUACUAAAACUAAUUUGCAAUUGAGAUUAGAAUAAUUUUAGUUGCAGGAAGUGGAAGAGGAGACUUGAAGAAGAAGUUCAGCAAUGUGGUUGAACUAAAUCUGCGUUAAAGGAGCAUAUUGUGACCCAGACUGAUAAACCGACUAAGAUCAGAUCCUAGAUGCAGGUAGUAAAUGAUGCAGGUAGUAAAUGAUGCAGGUAGUAAAUGAUGCAGGUAGUAAAUGAUGCAGGUAGUAAAUGAUGCAGGUAGUAAAUGAUGCAGGUAGUAAAUGAUGCUGUCCAUCUGAGCAGAUGUUCCUCAUGUUCCUCUGGUCUCAUGUAGAUUUCUAUAAAUCCCUGUCUGCUCCGCCUCUCAGUGAAGGAGGAUUCACUGCUUGGUGUCUGGAUUGUAACAUUACACCAGGGGCCUCCUGACAUGCAGCACAGAGUAAAGCUGCUGUCCUCAGACGACCAGCAGACAUCAGCAUCUGUGUGGGACGGAUCUAGAACCGGAGACAUGAUUUAGUCUGAAUUUUUUAACGUUACCUGACGUCUGAACCUGGACCAGAUCUCUUUUAGCCCAUAAGGUUUGUACUGAGGUCCGACCUUUGACCCAGCCUCUCAGCCUCCUUCUGUAACCUGCAGCCCGUCGAUCUAACCGCCUCCCUUCUGAAUCCAAUUGUGCCAAAUUGGAUCCGAUUGGCUUGGAGAGAGAACAGAUCAGUGAGUAAGACUUUCACAAUUUACUGUGUCCAAAUCAGAUUGUCCACUUAUCCACCGGCUGGAUGGCAGAAUAAAGAAAUGCUCAGUCUGUGGCUGUUAGUCUGGAUCACAGCGCCAUCUGCAGGUGUGUCUCUGCUCAGCAGGCCGGUGAAAUCAGGGACAGAGACAGAUGGAAACCAGACUCUCACUGGGAGUCUGGUCUUGGUCAGACAGGUGAGAUCUUCUCAUCUGACAGAGAACAGGGCCCACAGCAUCACAGGUCCUCCACCAUACUUUGUCAUAUUCAUCCAUUGCUUCACCUGGAAUGCUUGAAGCUGAAAACUCAAAUAAAAACAGUAUAAAAAUAAAACAGAUGUUUAGAUGGUCAGUAUUUCCUCGAUUCCCACAGUAAAUGUUUUUUUUUUUCACUUUAUUUAUGGUAAAAAUGUCAAUUAUGAAACCUCAACAGCUGUGAUAUGAGCUAACAUUAAUA